AUGAAGUUUCGUUUGGCAGCAUUUUGGCUAUUUCUGCUGACAGUUGGCGGCAAUCACAAGCAAUUAAGCCAUGAUUGCACGAGGGGCAUGACCAUGGCGAUGGCGAUGGCCGGCGCAUCUGAACAGCGGCACAAAGGAAAUGAACUGGAAAAUGCACUGAAAUUGCGUGUAACCUCAAAGCAAACUCGGUUUAUUGGGGACAUCACGACAACAAUUCAACCGGAUAACGUUACCGCCAGCAGCACCACCGCGGCAUCCGUUGGCGGCAGAUCGAUUGGCCAUCAUGCCCUGCGGCACGCCAAGGCCGUCACUCCAUCCUCCCCGGAUUUGGAGCUGCAUAUCAGGGAGACAAUGGCUCGGCUCUUCGCCAGCGAUAAAACGCCCAGUGGCGCGGCAAGUGACAAUCCCGUGGCCUCAUCAUUGGCCACAGAUCCCAGUCGCGGUGAGGCGACAACCACACAUCAUCCGGGACGCCGACAUGUGGUGCCCGAUAAGCUGCAGUACACCAAGGAGAUUCAGGUGAAGCAGGGUCGCCUCAUGGGCAUCACCCGUCGCUUUCAGGUGACCAGCGGCCUUCGCGAGGUGGACCAAUACCUGGGGCUGCCCUACGCAGAGGCGCCCACAGGUAGUCGACGCUUUAUGCCACCAGGUGCUCCAUUACCCUGGCAAGGCCUAAAGAUAGCCCGACACCUUCCGCCAGUCUGUCCGCAAAAGUUGCCGGACAUUUCUUCUCAUGGCAGCGGCAAAAUGUCACGCGGCCGACAAAAACACCUGAAUCGUCUGCUGCCCUACCUGCGAACGGAGAGCGAGGACUGUCUGUACCUCAACCUGUAUGUGCCGCACGACGAAGCGCUGAGUGCCCCCAAGCAAUAUGCCGUUUUGGUUUACCUUCACGGCGAGUCCUUCGAGUGGAACAGUGGCAAUCCGUACGAUGGAUCCGUCCUGUCCAGCUACGGCGAGGUGAUUGUGGUCACCGUCAACUACCGCCUGGGAGUGCUGGGUUUCCUGCGGCCCAGCAUCGAUGCGCACAAUAUAGCCAACUAUGCCCUGCUCGAUCAGAUAGCAGCCCUUCACUGGAUCAAGGAGAACAUCGGUGCCUUUGGCGGCGACAACUCGCGCGUUACUUUAAUGGGUCACAGCACGGGGGCAGCGUGUGUCAAUUAUCUAAUGGUAUCACCGGUGGCCUCAGGGCUCUUCCAUCGCGCCAUUCUCAUGUCCGGAUCCGCCAUGUCCGACUGGGCCGCCAGCAAUCAGUCGCUGCAAUUGACCAUGCAAAUAGCCCAUGCCCUCGACUGUCCGCUCAACGAGCAUGUGGAGGCAGAGGAUGAUGAUGUCCUGCUCAAUUGUUUUCGCCAUCGUCGCUACCAGGAUAUCUUGCACAUACCAACGGCGCUCACACAAUUUUCAACAUCAUUGGGUCCAAUUGUCGAUGGACAUGUAAUACCAAAUCAACCGUACAAGGUCAUGGGGCAUUAUACGGAGCACUUCAGCCGUUAUGAUUUAUUAUUCGGCAUCACGGAGUCAGAAUCCUAUCACACACUGGCCGCAUUAGCACUCGAGGAAGGAUUACGUGAAAAUGAACGCGAUAAUUUAUUGCGCUUCUAUAUGCAGAGCCGCUUUGAUGUACGCCCCGAUUUGGCAUUGGCUGCCACGCUGAAGAAAUACCAGGACAUGUACAACAAUCCGAUUAAGGCCACUAAUUUGGAGCACCGUGAUGUGGUCCUGGACAUUCUGUCCGAUGCCCGAGUGGUGGGGCCGCUCCUGCAGACGGGCAUGUUCCACGCGGAUGUCAAUCGGCGCAAUUAUAUGUACGUAUUCGGCCAUAACAGCGCCACCGGACCCUAUGCCCACCUACCGCAUAGCAUUAUGGGCGAGGAACUGGCGUUUAUCUUCGGAGCACCCCUGGCCCCAGCCGGCCCCUUUCCCAGCGGCAACUACACGGUGCAGGAAAAGCUGCUUUCCGAGGCGGUAAUGGCAUAUUGGACGAAUUUCGUAAAGACCGGAAACCCAAAGGCUCCAUGGAAGGGCAUCUUCCUCAACUCCCAUGCCCUCGAAUGGGAUCGCUAUGACCUCGACUGGCCGGAGUUUAAUAGAAGAGGCCAGGCCUAUCUUAACAUAGGUAUACCACCUACGGUGGGCUACAAGUACCGACAGAUCUAUAUGAACUUCUGGAACAAAGAACUGCCCGAUGAGCUCAAUCAAAUUGCGGCAAUUCAGGAGCAGCUGAAUGCUCCCGGACAAGAGGUAAUCACGGGUCACAUGAGCAAAUAUGGACCCAGAGACAGUGGAGGUGAGGACCCUGUUCGAACCCUGAAACUUCUCCUGCAGGAGCCCAACCAGGUCGGGCCUGGUCAGAGUGGCGAAUCCACCGAAACGGCGGCUGACAAUAUGUACAAUGCACCGCCGACCUUUGGACAUGUUCACAAGGUAAUGGCCAGCAAUGACUUUGAGGAUAUGGUGACCUCUACGAACCCCGUGAAUAACGGAGAAGAUCAACAGCAAUCCCCCGAGACGGUGGCCAAGUCCGAGGCCACGCUGCAGCUGCUGAUCGCUCUGAUAGCCAUCAUUAUAGCUCUCAAUCUGGUGAUUUACGGAACCUUCCUGCUGCGCCAACGGCGUCGAAGGAUCAAGGCUCUGCCGUUUCCGGCUCCCAAAUUGGGCGGACACAUCCUGAGCUACGACGGGGCCAACGACGAGGAGCUGAAGCGUUGCAGCAAGUCACGCGAUGGCGAUGACAGCUUCGUGCUGGAGAUGACCCGGAAAUCGAACACGUACGAGGCCAUCAAGACGGGUCAGAGGUCGCUCAGCUGCUCCACCGUGGACACUCACACCAAGGUCUGUGAGUGGAUGUCAGGACAGGAGGCUCCCAAGUCGGGCAGCUUUGCCACGGCCACGCCACCUCCUCCACCCAUGCUUCAGGACGGGCGGCUCAUCAUUUGCCAGGACAUUGAGGUGGCCGAUGCCGCCCUUCUCAUACCCCAGCACAUGCACGAGCCGCAGCACUAUGAGAUGCUGCUGCAGAGGCAGCACUCUGCUCUUACCGAGCCCUGCGACGAUAUCCUGCAGCAGCAGUAUCACUCCAGGACCCAUUCACACUCGCACUCGGAUCCCGUGGACAUGAUCUUGGCGGCCGACGAGCAGGUUACCAGCUUUGUGCAUGCCGAUGAUGUCGACAUUAAUGUUACGAGUAGGGAGGAUACCCAUGGCUUGGAGGCAAUACCCCUAACGACCGCUCAGCAGCUGGAGCUACUGAGACAGCGAAACUAUCCCAAAGUCCUGCCCACCGAACAGGACAUAAGGGAUAGCAAUUACAAACGCAAUUCCCUGCCGCCGCAGAAUUUCAAUGCUCCAAUGCCGCCGCCAAGGACCAUUAGCAGCACUCUGGGCAGGAGGCGUAGGGAUAGCAGCAAUGUCACCACUUCACCGCUUCAAGUGGCCCGCGACUGUGGAGCCGAGGAGGAGGAGCUUAAGGAGCCCCAGAUCACGCAAAAUACACUUAUUGUGGGACCCAUUGUGCCCAAAUCGCCGGCUACUUCGCUGAAGCGGACGAGGAGGGCGCCAGAGGCUUCCGCUUCAGCUUCGUCGGCUGCAAUGACCGCGCUCAGUGGAUCCUUUCAGUCCUUCGAGUCCGUGCCACCAGCCCACGAGACCACACCGCCGCAGGGCGAGCGCACCGAGUGCAUUUACGCGAUUGAGGCCAGUCCCACAAGUUGCAGCUGGUCGGCGCCCAAUGGCGACUUGUACGCGCAGCCCAUGAAAUCGCCCUCGAGGACCUCCCUCAUACCCCGGCCCACCCCACCAGGUGACGACGCCCGGGACUGCAGUCAGGCGGCUGGUGGCGGGGCAGCUGACGGAGGUGAAAUCGGGGAAUCCCCCGGAGCUGCAGCAGUGGCCACGCCAAGCCGCAUACCUCAAUUGCAGCGACCGGCUUCCGGCAAGGAUUUCAACACAACAAACGCAACGGAAAGCAACCCAAAUCCCAUGGGAUGCCAGCAGCGAACCGAUUCCACAAUAUCAUCUGGCUCGUCGGCAUCCAAUGCCUCAUCCUGUGACUCAUCCGCGUCCUCCUCGUCCACGGGAACUGUACGCACCGAACUGCAGCAGUUCCAGCCGCAUGGCAGAAGUAUUACGACCAAUAUAUAGAAACAAGGAGCAGCAGCAGUAGCAGCAGCAGCAACAUCAGCAUCA